AUGCUCUCGUCAUCAGUCACACCUCGGUUUGCCGCAGCAUCCAGCUGCACGCGCGUGCGGGGAGAGAGGCAGAGCGGCCUGCCACCGGGCACGUCGUGCCUUGGGGCAGGAGGACUUUCUCACCCGGUGAUUGCUCGACUCGCUCGACGGACUGUGCACUUACACCUCCCCAAAGCCGUCUCGGUCAGCACAUCGUGCCCAGAUGCAGGCAGGGGUUACAGCAUGGUGUCGUCACACAACGAACUAGAAAAACAUAGGCGGGCUAAACUCCGGCUAUAUUUGGAACAGCUAAAACAGCUUGUGCCUCUUGGGCCGGACAGCACCAGACACACCACUCUAAGUCUGUUGAAAAGAGCCAAGAUGCAUAUCAAGAAAUUGGAAGAGCAGGACCGAAAAGCUCUAAAUAUUAAAGAACAAUUACAGCGGGAACACCGCUACCUCAAACGCAGGUUGGAGCAGCUAUCCGUGCAGGGCAUGGAGCGUAUCCGCACUGACAGUAUGGGAUCAACAAUAUCCACUGACUCUGAACAAGAAGUAGACAUUGAAGGAAUGGAGUUUACUCCAGGUGAAAUGGACAGUAUUGGAAGUGCCAGUGAUGCUGAAGACCACUACAGUUUGCAAAGCGGUUCGAGUGACGGAGGUUACACACAUUCCCGCAGACUGAAUGCCAGGCUCUCAUAGUGCCUGAGUUACCCGUUCGACUCAGGACCAUCUGACUGAAGCACUUAUAUAUGAAUAUUCUAGAGGUGUCAACUGCCACUCUUCCGGGAAACCCCAACCACAGUACUCUGACAUGGAGGUUUCUUACCCACGGUUCCCUGCACUGUAACCACAAUAUUAGAUAUUGUAAAUCAUGGGUUUGCUGCAGAGAACUGUGGUUAGGUACAGUUGUGACUUAAAGCUAGCUUGAUGUAGCCAUACUGCAAAUUAAAGAAAAUAAAUUAUGUCAUUCCAUUCAAGAAGUAUUAAAUUCAAACUGUUGGAAGCAUGGCGUAAGGGAGUUUGACAGUUAUUUUGAUUUUGCAGAAACCAUUUUCAAACAUGGAAGAAUAAAUGGAAUCUACAAUGUGUCAGUGAUUCAGAGAUACAAAAACCUAAAACUAUUUUUUCUGGUAUUUUUUCAUGGAAAAAAAACCCAAAACAUUUUGAACGCUGUGUAGCGAGCUCUGUAGAGUAAAUUCUUUCAGCAGUUGUUGUUUGGGUGAAGCAGGCAGAUAAAUCUUCAAAUCUCAGAUGAUCUUUAGAAAAGGUCGUAUUUACAAGUCACUACUGUACUUCAAAACGGGGGAAAAGCCAGCUCUAAUAAUGACUUCAUGUGGGAUGAUCUCAACUUUCUUUUGCUUUUUUGUAUUCAAUAUCCAACCAGCAGCAAAUCAUUCUGUCCACGUUAAUGGGAGUAGUAGAAAGCAGCACUGCAAUUUUAACCUGUUAUCGUGGAAUGGAUGACAUUUGAAGCAUUUCAGUGGUUUUUUGGGUUGUUUUUUUCAUUUCUUUGUCUGAAGAAUACAGAACUCAAGUGAUCCAGUUUGUGAUAGUUAAUCUUUCCUUGCAAGGAAAUGAAAUCUCUGUUUGCUUGUAUUUUUUCUUUUCUUCUAUUUACACAUGUCAAUACAUUUUUAUGGAAGGCAUGGCUUAAAAUUACAGUAUUCAGCUAGAAGAUAAUUAAUUUUUUUUCUUUUGCACACUAUAAUUGCAUUUUCUAUUCUUAAAAAAGUGCAAAAAAAUUAAAAUGUAUGCUGUAAAACAGCAAAGUUUAUUUAGUACUCAUCAAGCUGUUCGGAACAUAUUUACCCAAAUUGUAGCAAUACUAUGAAGAUGUAUUUUAAUACAACUUCUGCUUAGUGAAGUCAUUAGAGCUUGGCUUGCCAGGUAAGAAAAAAAUGGACCAGUCUUUGCAUUAUCUGUUUAAAGAAGGUCUUUUAAAAAAAAAAAAAAAAAAAAGAAUUUAAAAAAAAAAAAGGAAAAAAAGGAAAAAAAAAAAAAGAAAAAA